AUGAAUUUUGAUGAAAAUGGCGGACGUUUAACGAUUGUCACGUCGCCAUCUUGUCAAACAUGAUGUAAUAAGUUGGUUAGGAUAUCGCAUAAUUUUCAUUCCUUUAGGCCAAAGUAGAGAAAAAUUCUAAGUUUUUUUAUAACAUACAAUGUUACUUGUAAUUAAUAAUCAAAAUGGAUCCUAUAUGUAAGCCGAUUAUUCCAGCUCAAAUUUUAUAUCGACGACAAGUUGCAUGGGUGAAUAAAAAUGCAUUGCCAAGAGUAUACCCGAAACCACCACCAAUUGAUAGGGGACCGAAAUUUUCCAACACUGGCCGAAUGGAGGAACUUUCCAUUCCGAUGCAUAAGUAUAUAAAACCGGAAAACGACCCGACAUGUUGGGUCUACCUUUUACUUCAUCCCGUGAAGGAAUCUGCCAAAAAUUACGUUGCAUCUGCUGCAAUUGAUAGUUUGGCUGAGCCUCGUUGGGGACGCCCGCCAUUAAAAAAACAAACAGCGUGGCAUAGUAAACCCUAUAGGCAGUACACCAACGGUCCAUGGUCGGAGCGGAUAGAGAAAUUGAGCCAGCCGAAGAUUCCUUAUAAAAAGAUAGAACCACCGCCGCCUGUUUCCCCAAAAGCAAUGCAAUACAAUGCAAGUGAACGUAUUACCAAACUGGCUGAACCAUGCAUGCGCAAAGUCGAGCUCAAUGAAUUUGCCUUCACUGUAAAUCCGAUAGCGCUGAAAUACUUUCCUUCUGCACGCACGCGCAAAAUGGCGAGACCACACCACGUGAUGACAGCGGCGGAACUAGCGGAACAAGAGGCGAGACACGAGCGACAUAAAUACAAAUACGAUAAAGAACGCGCCCGUAAACUAGCUGCUAAAAGGGAAGCUACGGCCGAACGACAUCAAAAAGAACGAAAAUCGCUAGGUAUCUAGGAAAGACAACCUCACAAAAAUAAUAAUGAUUAUGGAUGACAGCAUGGGUAAACUCUUGCGUGCUGGCUUGACCUCCAAUGUCCUUGGUGCGUACUUUGCCAUCCUUGAGGACUUUCUCUACUGAAUUGCGGAUCAUGCUGCCGUAGGCUGGUAGAUUGACAUGGUGUAACAUUUUCGCUGCGCACAGCAACAUGGCUGUCGGGUUGGCGACAUUUUUGCCUACUGCUUCCGCAAAUGUUCAAAUACAACUGAUUCUGCUGAGUAUGAAGCACCAGAAACAACGCCAGCGCCUCCUACAAGACCGGAAGCGAGAUUAUCGAGAAUACUGCCGUAUAAGUUAGGCAUGACCAUCACAUCGAACUGUUGUGGGUUGGAAACCAUCUGCAUGGUGGUAUUGUCGACGAUCAUCUUCUCAAAUUGGAUCUUUGGUUUCGCAUGAUUUUAAAAACAAGCCAUCGCCAAGUUUCAUGAUGUUUGCUUUGUGGACAGCAGUGACCUUCUUGCGGUUGUUCUUGGUGGCAUAAUCGAAGGCAAAUUUGGCAAUACGUUGGCUUUUCUUCGCCGUGACAAUCUUGAGACACUCAACAACCCCGGGCACACCUUCAUGUUCCAGCGCGGAGUACUCGCCUUCGGUCUGCUCACGAAUAAUUACGGCAUCGAUGUUACUAUGUCGUGUGUUGACGCCCUUCAGCGACUUGACGUGCACUACGUUCGCGUAGAGGUCGAGUGACGUGCGAAGCUUCAUAUUAAGCGUCUGCAAUUCCCCGGUGUUACUGUAGUCCGGUGUGGCGAGAAUGCCUUUAAGGCAGACGCGAUUCCGCGAGAUGGAACCGACAACAUCAUCGAGGGGUGCGCUGAGCGUGGGAUUCACCUCGAGAAGAAGAAGGUCUCAAAGUCAACUGGAACCGUUGCGGAUUUGAAGACUUCUUGAACAGCGUAGAUAAGUUCUGGGCCGACACCAUCACCAGGAAUGAGUGUGCAUUUAGUUCGAGCGUCAGGGCGAUCAGGGAGCUACAACAAAGGGUUAAUGUAAAAUGCGUUUUGAUUCUUAAACAAUUUUCUAUUAAAAGUUUUGAAAUGAA